AUGGAGGAGAGAAUUAUCACCCCCCGGCGCCGAGAACCGCGAGACCAGAACCAGACCGCCGACGCGGCCCCGGCGGUUUCGUGUUCGUCGGGGGAGGACUCGACGUCGACGGACGGGGACUCGGAGCCCGGCUUCGAGUUCGAGUUCCCGUCGCUGCUCGGCAGGGGCCAGGGCUCCCCCGCGCCCGCCGACGACCUCUUCGCCGACGGCCGCAUCCGCCCCGCCGCCUUCUACCCCGUCUUCGGCCGCCGCCCGUCAGCGCGAGCGAGUUCAGCGGGGGACGUCGACGGCCUCGGCCUCGUCCCGGCCGCGGCGCCGGAGCGGAGGACGAGGGGGCAGCUCGGGCGGCUCUUCCUCGAGGAGUCCCGCGCGUGGAACAGCUCCUCGUCGAGCAGUAGUACCGGGUCGACGGCGUCCACGUCGUCGUUGUCGUCCGCGGCCACCGCUGACGACGGGGACGGGUACGGCGACGGUGGCCUCGCGGGCGCCGCGCCGGAGAGCUACUGCGUGUGGGCGCCCGGCGGCGGCGGUAAGUCAUCGGAGUCGCCGCGGCGGCGCGGGUCCACGGGGUCGUCCGUGGCGCGGUGGCGCCGCAUCAGCGACCUCGUGGUCGGCCGCAGCCAGAGCGACGGCAAGGAGAAGUUCCUCUUCCUCCCCGUCAACCCGCCGACGCCGCCGCCCAAGCAGCAGGAGCCCAAGCGCAAACCCAGGCCGAACCCGGCAACCGGCGGCACCAAGAAGAAGGGCAGCGAGAUCGGCACGGUGGCCGCCGCCCACCGGAUGGCCUACGGCGCCAAGGCCGGCGUGGGCGUCGCCGCCAACGGCGCCACGCCGCGGCGCACGUUCCUGCCGUACCGCGAGGAGCUGGUGGGGUUCUUCGCCAACGUGAACGGCAUCAGCCGGAGCCACGCGCACCCCUACUGA